GGGACCAGUCGGGGCUGAGUUGGGCACGGCACAGGUUGGGGAAGUCCUGAUUAGGUUUCUUGGUGAGAAUCGCAAGACUGCAAAAAGACAUCAGCAACCAUGUCUCUUCAACAGUUCCUUGCGCGUGCGAAGGUGCCAGAUGAGUACAUGGCGUUUGGGAAGGAGAUCACCUUGACCCACACAGAAGUGGUUCCGGUGUCAGCGGAUGUGUACUGGUCCGGCUUCGAUGACUACUUCCAUCUGCAAGCCUUUGUGGGCAUGCACGAUAACAUGACGACCAUCAAAGGAGACGGAGGGGUGGGGACUGUGAUCGAGUUUGACUUCUUAGGCGGAAGGACCCAGGAGGAGCUUGUCCAGAAGGAUGAAGCCACUAAGACUUGGGCCAUCGCCAUGCUGGGGAGCAACCCUCUCUUCACCUCCUAUUUAGCCACCGUCAAGGUGGAUGAGGACACAAGCGAGACUGCAAAAGUUACCAUGAGCAUCAAGGGCAUAUUCGCCCUCAAGGACUACAACAAGAGGAAGGCCCAAAUUGCCUUCACGAGGUACAUGCUGAGGAACCGCAUCAAUGAGGUUAUGGCCGUCAUUGCGGACACGAAGGGCGACGUGUUGCACUUCGACUUUGAUGUCGACUGCUCCUUUAAGAAGCUGUGGGAGACCGUGAGUGACUGGGGGAACGUCUCCUGGGUGAUGAACGCGACCGACGUGAAGGUUGUACCCGACUACCAAACCAACGACCUGCGACGACGAAUUUUCUUCGGCCCACAUUUUACUGAGCAGCGCCUUGUGCAGACGAUCACCCAUACGGCCUACCAUCCAGCCAGUUUGACGUACGAGUUUGGCAAGAAUGACGUCAUGGGCGUGCUGCAUUACCGUGGCAAGCUGGAGCUGGUCAAGUUAGAUGAGAGGAAGACCAAGGUCAAGUACACCUCCUACUUUACUCCUCAACCCGGGGCAACCCCCAAAACUACCAUCAAGGCACUGAUGGAACCCCGCUUCAAGUGGAUUCAGGCAACGUUUGUUGAAAAGCCGAAAUGCCGCCCUGGACAUGCUCAGAUGAAGUCUAUGAAAACAAGCGACGUUGUGACCAAGCUGGUUGAUGACUGCAUUUUACCUGAAGGAUUCCUAGCAGAGGGGGCCGAGGUGUUCCUGGAACACACCGAGGAGGUGCCGGUGUCUGCUGACGACUACUGGGCAGGGUUCCAGGACUUCGUGCAGCUGCAGCUCUAUCUGGAAGGGCACGAGGGUGUGAAAGUGCUGAAAGGCUAUGGGGAGGUGGGCACGGUGGUCUCUUUCUACUACGACCCGACGGACCUGGCCGAGGGGCAGCGGGAGAUGAAGCUGGUGGAGAAGGACGAUUCCACUAAGACCUGGAGGGUCCAGGAGACAGAGAAGAACGACCUGUACAAGAGCUACGAGAUGACCAUCAAGGUUUCUGGAAGCACCACCGCAAGCGUGACCAUAUCUGCUCGCUUCGUCUCGGCCGUCAAGGAUGCAGAGGACCGCCGUGACGACAUCGCAUACCACAAGGUUCACCUUCUUGGGGCUACUAUUCGAGACGUGCUAAACUUCGUGGUGGCCGAGAAACUUGGCCGGAAGCAUGAGGUCGACCAGGAAGUGGACAUUUCUCGCGACAAACUGUGGGGCAUUAUGGGUAACUUCAAUGACGUCACCUGGAUCCCAAAUGCAAGCUACGCCAAGGUUAAUGGCGACACUAGGGACAUCACUUUCCCGAACGACCCUACUGGUAAGUGUUUUGACGGAGACCGGUGCCUCCACGUCCGCCAGAUCUGGUACGACUCCAGCGAUUGCCUCGUGGUGUUUGAGUACACCGGCGCCAUGCUGAAAACAAAGUUCUACAGGGAGAAGAUCCAGCUGUUCUCCGUCAGCCCGAACAAGACCCGAGUGGCGUACGAAUGCACCUUCUUACCGAGCAAGGCUGAAUCCGCGGAAACGUUCGACAAGUGGUUUGUUCCCGCCAUCUCUAACCGAGUCGCGAACCUCACGAAAAUGUUCGAGGACGAAGAUGACGAGGAGGACAUGACACCGAGUACCAGUGAACCACCAUCGGGGCCACCGGCCUUCCCCAAGGGCGCGUACUCCACCGUGGCCCGGGGCAGGGUUACCGCACCAGUCAAGGAGGUGUGGAAGGUCUUCAAGCCGUUUGGAAAGCCAUGUCUGGAGUAUUGGAAAAUCUAUGAAAGCAUGAAGAUUGAAGCUCCUGGGAAGGACGUAGUGGGCUGCGUGAGGAGUUUCGUGACGUCUAAAACUGGAUCGCACAUCAAGGAGCGCCUGGAAUGGAGAGACGAUGUUAACCACGUGGAGAUCUACAGUUUGCUGUCCAUGACUCCUCCUCCACCAGUUACCAUGACUAACGUCUACACCACCAUAACCAUGACUGCAGUUGGUGAGAAGGAGACUGAAGUGAAGUUCGAGUGCACCUUUGACGUCAGCGUGUCGUUUGCCGUGUCCCGUAUCCAAGACAACCAGAAGGGAGCCUACAUGGCGUGCAUCAACGGACUCCAGCAGCUCUUCCACUCCGAGGUCGGGACGCUAGAGGUCGUUGUUGGGAGUGCCGCUGACCUGGCAAGGACUGACGGCUGGUUCGACGCGGACCCGUAUGUGGUACUCGCACUGAAUGAUGGGAAGCCUGUCACGACCAAGGUCUGCUACUCCAACCAGAAUCCUGUUUGGGACGAGCGUUUCGCCAUGUCUGUGACGUCACGUUCCAGAACCAUCGUCUUCACCGUCAUGGACCGGGACACAGUCGGACAGGACGACAUCAUGGGUACAGCCAACGUCAACCUGGACGAGCUGGCGUCAGGCAAGGAGAAGAAGAUGACUCUGGACGUGCAGGGGGGAGGCACGCUGAACGUCCGGCUGUACCUGAAGAUGCACGACAAGCCCAAGGAACCGGAGGGAGAGAAGCUCAUUACGUCACUCGCCAUCCCGUUCCUGGCUCCCGUCGCUCAGAGCGAGCUGGACGCCAUCAGGAACGAGUUCACCAACCUUAUCAUGUCAUUCGCUGGCCCAGGCCAGAAGUACGAGCUGAGCUACAUGAAACGCCUGCGGACUCACCCCGACGUGCCUCUGGAGGAGUAUCCUGCCUCCUGUGUUCCCAUGCCGACACAGGAGAUGUUCACUCCCUACAAAGCUGGGCGGCUCAUGCAGCGUCUCAUGGAGUUCAUCGCCUCACAGGGUCAGAUCCUUGUCCGCCUGGCCCAAGUCAAGGGUAUUUGGGAUCCGUGGAAGGCCAACUUCAGCGGCUACCUUCCUGCCAACGAGAAGCUGAUUGAAGAAUGGCAGAAAGACGAGGAGUUCUGCCGCCAGUAUCUCCAGGGCAUCGACCCCAUGCUGGUGACUUUGUGUAAGGACCAGAGCCGGAUUCCAGCAGAGAUGCUCGGCCUGAAAGGACAAGGCAAGACCACGCUGCAGCUCAUGGAAGAGAACAGGCUCUUCAUCGUGGACUACGCCCCCAUGCUCGGCGUUCCUGCUACUCCGGGCAAAUUCUUCUACGCGCCGAUCGUGCUGAUGUACAAGGAAGAGCUGGACUGUUGCAAGUCUCGUCUGAACAUGCUCGGCAUCCAGCUGACCAGGGACAAGGGCAAAAACGAAGUGUACUCCCCUGAAAGUGCUAAGACUCAUCCCAACAAGUACAUGUUCGCCAAGAUGCACGUCCAAUCUGCUGACAACAACGUGCACCAGUUCCUGUACCAUCUGGGCUACACCCAUCUCGGUAUGGAGCCGCUAGUGGUCGCCAUGCACACCCACCUGCCUCCAGACCACCCCAUCCACCGCCUGCUGCUGCCACACUUCAAGGACACCAUCGGCAUCAACUACCUGGCCCGCCACUCCCUGGUCUCCAGGAUCUUCCCAAUCACCGACCCGAUGUUCGCUACUUCCACCGUGGGAGGGCUCGUCAUGUUCCUCAAUGAGUGGCGCAAGUACAACUUCAUGGACAUGGCUUUCCCUGAAGAGCUGAAACGCCGUGGUUUUGAUGAGGCCGGCACUGAUGGACUGGAAGGCUACUUCUACCGUGAUGACGGCUUCAAACUGUGGAACGUCUACAAGACGUACGUGACUGGGAUGGUCAACCAUGCCUACGCUGAUGACCAAGCUGUGCAAGCUGACAAAGCCCUUCAGGAAUUCUGCAAGAUGACCGAAGGUCCCGGACAACUUCGCGGAUUUCCUCGCGAGAUUUCCACCAAGAAGCUGCUCAUCGACUGCCUGACCAACAUUAUCUUCAACGUGAGCGCGCAGCACUCCGCCAUCAACUUCCCGCAGUAUGACUACUACUCCUUCAUACCCAACAGGCCUGCCCAGCUGUCGUCCCCAAUGCCUGACGGACCGAACGACAUGUUGGAGUCCGCUGUACUGGAGGCCCUGCCUCCUCCACAGUUCACCACUCUUCAGGUCCUCCUAUCCUACAUGCUGUCCAUGCCGUCCCAGACAGCUAUCACCGGGGUGGAGGCCAUGAAGGAAGUGUAUCCUGAGGUCCAUGAGAAGUUCCACACACAGCUCCAGAACCUCUCCAAGGAGAUCAAGGGUCGUAACGAGGGUCUGAAGGCGGAAGGAAAGUUCGCCUACACCUACCUGGACCCCGAGAACGUCGCCAUGAGCAUCGACAUCUAGAGUGCUUCUGCUGGCUGACUACCAUCUUGCACAACCGUUAAGAUCUUGUCAAUGGUAGCAAUAUAACGCAACAUUAGCUAACGAAACGUUGCAACGAUAGCAUACUGAAUGUGGUGAUUGUGUUUUUGAAUUGGUGUUUCACUAAAGGUAGAAACCGCAGCAAGAGUUAGUGAUGGAAGAUUCAAGUAAAGACAUUCUUAUGUAUACGGUGAAAUCAUAGCACCCAGGAUACAUGGUAUGUUAUAUAUAGAUUAUGAUACUUUGCAAAGUGCAAAAAAAAUAUGCUGACCUGUGUUGGCCCUGAAACCUUUUCAGUAAAAUGUGUGCUGGCAGAAAAUAUAAUCACUAAAAUGGCGUUGAUUAGAAUAUUCAAUGUCUUAAAAAUAUCACGACACCACACUCCAUAUUUCUAAUUAAGAUGAUAUACUUGGACUGAAUAUUGACAUAGUAAAGUCUCAAAAGAGGAAAUGUGUAACCAGGCUAGGUGAGACAUACUAUCGUCUUAAGCCUGGAAAGUGUGAUGACGUUGACAGACAACUUAACAGCUUACAAAACUCACAAAAUUGAUUUUAAAAAAAUCCAAAAUAAAUUUACAAGUUCAUUUUUUUUUCAAAAUUUAGAUAAUGUCUUUGAUAUCUAACAGGGUCAAGGGUCAAAUAAUGUUUUCAUAAUAUAGCAGGCAUUGAUUAGAAAUCUAUAAUGGAUAUCCAUUACGUUUAGCGCUGUUUUCAAACGUUCUGCCCACAUGCCUUUAUCGCUUUGAACAAUGAUCACAUAUCUCUAUUGCUUGGGGUCCUGGAUAUUGAGUUUUGGCUAAUUGUAAUGGUAACUUUUCGGGUUUCGAUCACAUUACUCGAAUUAAGCAAUCAAGGACCGUGAAGUUAGUCGCCAUUUUCCUCUUACAUGUAUCUUGGACGAGAAUCUUAAAACAAUGCGUCUUGAAUAACAACAUCUAUUUGUUUGGAGAAUUUACGGUGAUAAUAAAAUUGGAUGGUAAAUCA